AUGUCGGAGCUUGCGUGGAAAACUGUGGGACUGGGGUUCCCCUGUGAAUUAGGAGCGGGAUUGAGUAAAAGAUCCUUGGCCGCGAAGAGGAAGCGCAGCGGCUGCAGGGCGGACGCCGGCCGGGGCCCAAAUAACAUCCAAAGAAGGUUUGUUACCAGUGCCCUUCAGCAAACUGUUUGCCUUCCCUUAGUACAGCUGCCCUGUGCGCAGCUGGUAGACUUAAGAAGUUGCACUUUAAAUGGAGAGGGCAAAGAAAAGCAGUUCUGUAACGUGAUUGUUACUUUUCAGAAGAAGAAUCUUAAAGCUGGGAUUGAACUUCUUGCAGCAGAGCUUCCUCCUCCGUACACUGCCAUUGCAAGCCCAGAUGCCAGCGGUGUUCCUGUCAUAAACUGCCGUGUGUGCCAGUCGCUAAUCAAUUUGGAUGGCAAGCUACACCAGCACGUUGUUAAGUGCACAGUUUGCAAUGAAGCUACGCCAAUCAAAAACCCUCCUGCAGGGAAGAAGUAUGUUAGAUGUCAAUGUAACUGUCUCCUUAUCUGUAAGGAUACGUCUCGGAAAAUAGGCUGUCCAAGACCAAACUGUAGACGCAUCAUUACUCUUGGUCCGGUAAUGCUGAUCCCAGAAGAGCAGCCAGCUCAGCCUGCCUUGCCAGUCCAACCAGAUGGAACUAGAGUGGUAUGUGGGCACUGUGGAAAUACGUUCCUUUGGAUGGAACUGAGGUUUAACACACUAGCAAAAUGCCCACACUGCAAAAAAAUUUCUUCUGUUGGAAGUGCACUGCCAAGGAGACGCUGCUGCGCAUAUAUUACAAUUGGAAUGAUAUGCAUCUUCAUUGGAGUUGGAUUAACUGUUGGUACCCAGGAUUUCGCCCGGCGGUUUCAUGCAACGUAUGUUUCUUGGGCUAUCGCUUAUCUCUUAGGUUUAAUCUGCCUCAUUCGAGCCUGCUACUGGGGAGCCAUUAAAGUCAGUUAUCCAGAGCACAGUUUUGCAUAGAGGAAUUGUUAGGUUAUAGCAAAUGAACAUCUAGUAAAUCUGGAUAUUACAUCUUGGACACUUUUAAAACCUUUCCUGUAAGGAUUCCAUUCUGUUCAAAGUAGUUUUAAGACUGGGGGUCUCCAAGAACAAAUGUUCAUUGCACUACAUAAUAUGCAAAUAGUUUGUUUUGCUGCUAGAUUCCCUAGCUCUGAAUACUAAAGCUGUGUUUACAUGUUCAUAACUCUGUCUUUAUAGGUGUUGAAUUUUCUUUCAACAGACAGUAUUAAGUUUUACAUUUCCUUUGUUAUGUUAAAAUCCGUCUGCCAUUUUUCUAGUUUAUCAGUAAGAAUUCAAAAGCAAAAGUGUUUAUAAGUGUUUCUACAGUAGCUUCACAUUUGUACUUAAAAUUUUAACUAAAAUUAUAUUGAAGUGGCUUGCUUUAAAACCUAAGCAAUAAGCAUUUUGCUUGAACUGCUUACUGUAUCUUUUGCCUAAGAUCAUAGUGACCUUAUCCAGGAAAUGAAAGUUAUGAGUGUACUUUAAACGACUGAUGCUGUUGCUAGAGAGACAUUUGUAAACACUGUAUGCUUGAGAUUUUUGAGGUGGAGAGAUGCUAUUUCGGUAGUCCAAUUAAAUUUCCAUUUAUCCAGGAUUGGGUUACAGUUAGGAUAAAUGUUUUCUUCUCAAGGGUCCUGGGACUUAGGUGUUUGGGGUUUUAUUUUGUUUUGUUUUUUUUAACUGGCAAAUCCUAAAAGCCAUGCUCGGAUUAUGGAACUUAACUCUGGUUAUUCGUACAAGUUCCUUUACAGGGUCUAAGGGAAGCAUUUCAUAUGACUUGUUUCAUAAUACUUCAGUGUCACAUAGGUGACAAUAUAAUGGUGAUGGGUUGCCUCUUUCUUUCCUCUGAUCAUGUCAGAUUUUCCCUGUUUGGAGAAGCUGUGCACUGGUCACUGCAAAGGGAGACACUGUAAAUUCACAUUAACUGCUGUAAUAAGGAAAUGGGUAAACUAUUACUAUUACUGGGACCAUUCCAUCAAAGUACAUCUAGUCAAAUUUAGCACUGACUUGCAAAGAGAAUACGGAGACAGAAAGUUUUUUCUAAUGAUGUAUUCCAAAAGGAUCGAGGGACCAGUUCUUGCACUGCCCAUCUUUAAAAUUUUAAACAAGUUUUUGCUAAAUUCAGAAGGAAUGUCCUGAGUUUUAGAUGACUGUAGUGAUUUAGAUAAUGGGGUCAGAUGGGUAAAUUAACGUGGAUGUUUCAGGGAUACAUGUAAUUUAAAUUAUCUAUGUUCCUGCUAGGACAAAAUGUUAUUCAGAUAAGGAUUUUGGAGCACAAUAAAUGUAAAUGAUCAAACUGUAAAUGAUCUGUCUUUGUAUGAUGCUAAAUGUAUAAAAGCAGUAGCUCAGGAUUACAAUGUACCUUUUACAAAUAAACUAAUAAAGAAAUAAAGAUUAUUAUUCAAAC